AAGUUGCAGAACUGUUGGGAGCGGAAGAGAACGUUUUUCGAAGUGGCAGCAGCACAAUCGAGUUUGAAAAGUGUUAAUCCUAAUUUGCCGGAUUCUCUGGUAUCUCCUCUGGUAACCGUUCUCGAUCCAUGCACUCUCCACGCUGCGAUUCAUACAAAAGUCGAUUGGAGUUUAGUCAGAUCUCGACUAGUUAGAGGUCAUAUUCUCGCGAGGAAACCAGUCCGACCGCCCGUUCGCGAACCAUCCAGUCAUCCUGAAGCUCCAGACGCGGAUGGAUCUUCUGAUGGUGGUGGUGGAACGUCGUCUCAAUGUUCGUCUCCAGCGUAUCCGGGGAAAAACGGAGAGAAUCGGGGAUCAAGUCCAAUGGAAACAUGCGGCGCAAAUUUGGAGCUAUCAGAAGAGGCUGCUCUAAAAAGAGACAAGGAUGUUUUCAUUGACGAAAUCGUGGAUCUAGUUAGGAAUGUCAAAAAACACAACGACCCAUCCCUCUCAUCCAGUCCCACGUGGAUCGACCGUCUACAAGUGGAGAAGGUAUCCAAGCAGCUGAUAAUGCUUCAGAACUAUCAGCCAGGCCUUCUAUCAAUCGAUGAAAUUGUUCAUGGACUGCUUUUUGAGCACGGACCAGCUGUCAUGGAGGAUAUCCUCAUCGAAAUGCCAGAACACAUCGUAGUUAUUGUUAACUCUUUAAUUGCAAAUCCAACGCCAGGAAACCGGACGAGAUAUCGAAAUUUGAUCAUUGGAAAGAUCGUCGAGUUAUAUCCAUAUUUUGCCAAACGGAUAAUCUACAAAUUCGCUGAGCGUCGAUCAGAUUGUGUAUUCGCAUGUCGGCUGGCUGUGGAUCAUAUGAGUGACAAGCAAUUUUUGGAGUUUUUAGAACCAAUGCUAUCGGAGAAAGACACCUACAUCCAUAAAAUAGUCGUUAAAAUGUCGAAUCGUCAAGUCCUCCCUCUCGUCAUCACACGUCUUCUUUCCAUGGCUAACUUCGUUCUUCAGGCUCAUCCAGAUGCCUUUCCAGAGAUGGGAAUGGCCCCUUGGUGUACACGUCUUUCUUACUGUCUCUUAGAGCUUAUGAAUUUCGCUAUGGAACCGUGGAAAGAGCUAGAAGUCGUCACUGUCACCAAAUUCGUGUUCCGAACCUCUUCAAGGGCUUCUGUACGAAACGCUCCUUCUGAAUCAGAAUCCAUCGAUGAGCCAAUGGAUACAACUGAUAAUGAUCAGAAUUCUCAAGAUUCUUGUGUUCCGGAUUCCGAUCCGGAAACUUCUCAAUCCAUCUCAAGACCCCCACAAAUUCGACCCGGAGCCACUAUUGAUCCAUCUCCAUUCGGCGAGGAGCACGAGUGUUUUGUACUGGCAGCACUUAUUGCUGUUCCCUUUCUCACACAGUAUCCACCGAAUCAAACUGGAGCAGUUCAACCACCGGAUCGAGCAGUCGAGCAUUGGUUGGAAGUGGCGAGGAAGAGGGUUCUGAUUGGGGAGAAGGUCACCACAACAUUCGGCGCUAAUCUGAUCUACGUGCACGCUUGUAUCAUGUCAUCUCGAAUCGAGGAGCUCGCCGAGUUUGCCAGUGACCUAAUGAAACAAAAAGUGGAAUUGGCUCAACGACCGAAUUACGCACAAGUCCUCAAGAAUGCAUUCACAUCGAGGUGUAUGACAGAGGUGGAAGUAGCGAAACGAAGUGUAUGCCAAGAAUCAUCAAAAAACUCUCCGAGCUCUGCGAUGGCUCUUCGAUCGGUGCAUGCUCUCCAGUUGGCUGGAGUGUACAAAGCGUUCCAGAUUAGUAUAAAACCAUGGCUUGAAAUACAAUUAGAUUGUAUUGCAUUGCCUUGUUCUAAGCUUUUAGCAGAUAUUGUCGAUGGAUUCGCUCAGAGUUCCGCGUUUUCGAAGGGAAAAGGACUCGGGAAGGAGUUUGUCAGGGACACAUUCACCGGCGAUAUUUUCGAUUCUCGAACCGUUCCCAAACGUCUUUUUGUCCUUUUAUACAUGUGCUCCUUCCGAGAGGCAGCACAUCGACAUGACUCCUCUCUUCAACAUUUUCUGUACGAUAUGUCGAUUUUCCGUAAAAUGCCUGUACGAUAUCUUCUCUCGAUUAUGGAUCAACAAAGAGAAAAUUUUGAGGAGAUUCGAGCGAAAAUUAUAACUCGAGUGGCUGUGAUCUUUCCAUUCACCCUUCCAACACCGCUUUCUAUGGAAAUUUUCACUGAAAAUCAGAAAUUGGCAGAUUUGGAAAUUCAAGAUGAGGAGCAUUUCGGUAGACAGAGAACGGAUCAAAGAUUGAAACAUUUGAAGGAAAAUAAGGAUAUCAAUAAAGUUUUGGAAUCUAUCAAUCGAUUCGGCAUUAGGGAUCAGCUCUCCUCGCUUCCAAUCGUUAUCAAUAUCUUCAUGGACUCUCUGAAACCUCAUACUCCAUCCGGAUUCGAACAACCACUCGUAGCAAUUUUCGAUCGAUACGAACAACUUGAUCCAUUCUCUCUUUUCCUUCAAUCCGCUGCCUCGUGGAUCCAACACGAUAAGGGGAUCGACGUUGAGGACGUCAUCAAAAUCCCAUCGUUGCUCUUCAGAAGCGAUCCACGCAUCUUCUCAUCUCCACCUCACUUCCACUGCUUCAUUCGCACAUUGAACUUUUUCAAUAAAAAAGUCCGAAUCGAGAAUCGUCUCAAAACGCUGGAAAUUCAAUACAAGGCUCAGGCGUCUGCGAUUCAGCAUCAGAAUCGAAUCUACGGCCUUGAAUUGGAUAGGAAGGAGAAAGAGUUGCUCACCGGAGCAUAUCUCGAUAUUCAGCAGAGUGUUCUCAUUCAUGCUUUGGUGGAAGUUUGUGAUCCGAAGAGAAUGAAAGAUGAUCCGACGGACUUCUCUCUUGCCGAAAAACGCGUUCAAAUCCGAAAAAUCGCUUGUGACUUCAUCCAUCGAACAUUUCUGGACUACGAGGGACUCAUCAAAGUUGUCCUCCAUCAAAGAUUUCCACUUCGCCAAGUUCGAGAUCUUGUUGAAGGUGUACCUGCGCUAUUCGCUGGAAAUGCACAGAUCCUUGAGAUGCUCUCACUGGCAGAUCAGGAUAGACGAUUCUUUGCGAUUGUGUUUGCAGCCGAGAUUUGUAGAAAGUAUCGAGUACGCGAGUCACUGGAGACCGCCCGAGCUGUGUGCGAUAUCGUGCACUCUCUUCAUAAGUUUGGAGAGUUGCCCUCUUCGUACAAGCUAUGGAAACACGUUGCACCGGCGCUGAUCAUUCUGGCUACAGAAUUUCCAUCUCUCGCUGAUAGUAUUAAUCGCCUUUUAAUUCGAGUCUUAACAACGGCCAAAAAUCGAAUGGCUGUGAAAUCCGGAAUGUUCGCUGGAGAUCCAAAACAGGAAGAAUAUCGAUUGAUCGCCGAAAUCACAUCGUUUUUGGACAGAAAUAAGAACCGACAAACGCUAUGA